UUCCAGCUCCUGGCAGCCGGGCACCCGAAGGAACCGGUCGUUCAACGACACAGCUGGACCUGGCCCAGCCAUGGACCGAAAAGUGGCCCGAGAAUUCCGGCAUAAGGGGCGGGGACGUCUCGGGGGUUUGAAUUCCUUCCAGUCUUGGCCGCUUCUCUGAGGUGCCCCCUUUGUGGGCAAGUCCCUCUCCUUCCUAGUGCCCCCAGCUCAGGGCUGAUGAGGCUUGUGGAGAGAGUCUGGGGCAGUAUCUGAGAGGUGGAUUUUCUGAUUGAAAAUGAUGCAGAGAAGGACUAUCUCUAUGAUGUGCUGCGAAUGUACCACCAGACCAUGGACGUGGCCGUGCUCGUGGGAGACCUGAAGCUGGUCAUCAAUGAACCCAGCCGCCUGCCUCUGUUUGAUGCCAUUCGGCCCCUGAUCCCACUGAAGCACCAGGUGGAAUAUGAUCAGCUGACCCCCCGGCGCUCCAGGAAGCUGAAGGAGGUGCGUCUGGACCGUCUGCACCCCGAAGGCCUCGGCUUGAGCGUGCGUGGUGGCCUGGAGUUUGGCUGUGGGCUCUUCAUCUCCCACCUCAUCAAAGGCGGUCAGGCAGACAGUGUCGGGCUCCAGGUAGGGGACGAGAUCGUCCGGAUCAAUGGAUAUUCCAUCUCCUCCUGUACCCAUGAGGAGGUCAUCAACCUCAUCCGAACCAAGAAAACUGUGUCCAUCAAAGUGAGACACAUUGGCCUGAUCCCCGUGAAGAGCUCUCCUGAUGAGCCCCUCAAGUGGCAGUAUGUGGAUCAGUUUGUGUCAGAAUCUGGGGGGGGGCGAGGCAGCCUGGGCUCCCCUGGAAAUCGGGAAAACAAGGAGAAGAAGGUCUUCAUCAGCCUGGUGGGCUCCCGGGGCCUUGGCUGCAGCAUUUCCAGCGGCCCCAUCCAGAAGCCUGGCAUCUUCAUCAGCCACGUGAAACCUGGCUCCCUGUCUGCUGAGGUGGGAUUGGAGACAGGGGACCAGAUUGUCGAAGUGAAUGGCAUCGACUUCUCUAACCUGGACCACAAGGAGGCUGUGAACGUGCUGAAGAGUAGCCGCAGCCUGACCAUCUCCAUCGUAGCUGGAGCUGGCCGGGAGCUGUUCAUGACAGACCGGGAGCGGCUGGCAGAGGCGCGGCAGCGUGAGCUGCAGCGGCAAGAGCUCCUCAUGCAGAAGCGGCUGGCGAUGGAGUCCAACAAGAUCCUCCAGGAGCAGCAGGAGAUGGAGCGGCAAAGGAGAAAAGAAAUUGCCCAGAAGGCAGCAGAGGAAAAUGAGAGAUACCGGAAGGAGAUGGAACAGAUUGUGGAGGAGGAAGAGAAGUUUAAGAAGCAAUGGGAAGAAGACUGGGGCUCAAAGGAACAGCUACUCUUGCCUAAAACCAUCACUGCUGAGGUGCACCCAGUACCCCUUCGCAAGCCAAAGUAUCAGGGAGUGGAGCCUGAGCUCGAGCCCACAGAUGACCCGGAUGGAGGCACGGAGGAGCAGGGAGAGCAGAAAGGAAAAGAUAAGAAGAAAGCCAAGUAUGACAGCCUGCAGGACUUGAGAAAGAAUAAGAAAGAACUGGAGUUUGAGCAAAAGCUUUACAAAGAGAAAGAGGAAAUGCUGGAGAAGGAAAAGCAGCUAAAGAUCAACCGGCUGGCCCAGGAGGUGUCUGAGACAGAGCGGGAAGACCUUGAAGAAUCGGAAAAGAUUCAAUAUUGGGUGGAGAGGCUCUGUCAAACGCGCCUCGAGCAGAUUUCCUCUGCUGAUAAUGAGAUUUCAGAGAUGACCACAGGGCCCCCACCUCCUCUGCCUUCUGUGUCUCCCCUGGCCCCACCCUUGAGACGCUUCGCAGGCGGACUGCACCUGCACACCACUGACCUGGACGACAUCCCUUUGGACAUGUUCUACUAUCCCCCCAAGACUUCCUCUGCCUUGCCUGUGAUGCCCCACCCUCUACCCUCCAACCCACCCCACAAGGUCCCAGCGCCCCCUGUCCUUCCCUCAUCUGGCCAUGUGAGUGCCUCGUCUUCCCCAUGGGUGCAGCGCACUCCACCCCCCAUUCCCAUCCCUCCCCCUCCAUCCAUUCCCACCCAAGACCUCACUCCCACCCGCCCACUGCCCUCGGCACUGGAAGAAGCACUGGGCAACCACCCCUUCCGCACUGGGGACACAGGCAAUCCAGUGGAGGACUGGGAGGCAAAGAACCACAGUGGGAAGCCCACCAACUCCCCUGUCCCUGAACGGAGCUUCCCACCCACCCCAAAGACAUUUUGCCCAAGCCCACAGCCUCCACGAGGCCCUGGCGUGUCCACCAUCUCCAAACCUGUCAUGGUCCACCAGGAGCCCAAUUUCAUCUACAGGCCAGCUGUGAAAUCUGAAGUUCUGCCACAGGAGAUGUUGAAGAGGAUGGUGGUUUAUCAGACAGCAUUCAGACAAGAUUUCCGGAAAUAUGAGGAAGGCUUCGACCCCUACUCCAUGUUCACCCCAGAGCAGAUCAUGGGGAAGGACGUCCGGCUCCUACGCAUUAAGAAGGAGGGAUCCUUAGACCUGGCCCUGGAAGGUGGUGUGGACUCCCCCAUUGGGAAGGUGGUCGUUUCUGCUGUGUACGAGGGGGGAGCUGCGGAGCGGCACGGUGGCAUUGUGAAAGGGGACGAGAUCAUGGCAGUCAACGGCAAGACUGUGACAGACUACACCCUGGCGGAGGCUGAGGCUGCCCUGCAGAAGGCCUGGAAUCAGGGUGGGGACUGGAUCGACCUUGUGGUUGCCGUCUGCCCCCCAAAGGAGUAUGAUGAUGAGCUGACCUUCUUCUGAAGUCCAAAAGGGGAAACCAAGUUCACCCCUAGAAAACAGUGAGCUCCGGCCCCACCUCCUAAACACAAAGCCUUGAGACCAGCCUUGAGAGAGGCCACACUGCACACACCAGACGGCAUCCCUGGGACCUGAACCUAGCACCCAGGAAUCUCAAACUCUCUUUGGCCCUGAACCAGAGCCAGAUAAGGAACAGCUUGGGCCACUCUAAUGAAGGCCAACAUGGAGGAGAGGGAGCAGCCAGCCAUUUGGGAGAGGAUCUCAGGGAUCCAGACUCUCAUUCCUUUCCUCUGGCCCAGUGAAUUCGGUCUCUCCCAGCCCUGGGGGACUCCUUCCUUGAACCCUAAUAAGACCCCACUGGAGUCUCUCUCUCUCCAUCCCUCUCCUCUGGCCUCUGCUCUAAUUGCUGAUAGGAUUGUCACUGCAUACCUUACUCUGAGCUCAUUAAUAAAAUAAACAUUUCUUUUCCAGCUUA